GUGACUCACGCUAGUGCCCUCUCCACCCCCCGCGCCCAAAUGCUCAGCCCUCCCCUGCCCGGGGCUCACCUAAUCCCCACAGUGGGAGUCUGGGGGCCUUUGCACCCGAGCCGAGGUCUAGGGUUGCACCACGGUGACUUCACACGCAGCACCAUGUGCAGCUGAGCGACUGUGCAGCCUUCUCCCAAGAGGUGGGCAGCGAGGUCAGCCUGGCAGCCGCUGCCUCGGGACCCAGCGCCGAUCUGGCCACAGGCAGCCGCUGCCCCGGGACCCAGCGAGGGGAUGGCCGACCAGGAAGCCAGCGGGCUGCAGGUCCUGCUGCGCACGCUUCAGAGGUCCUCUGACAAGGAGUCCAUCCUGACCAUCCUCCAGGUCCUCGGAGAUCUGCUUUCUGUUGGCACCGACCGAAGGAUCCGCUACAUGAUCAGUAAAGGGGGCAGCGAGGCGCUUCUGCAGACCCUGGUGGACACAGCCAGGUCAGCUUCUCCAGACUACGAUGUCCUGCUGCCCCUCUUCCGACUGCUGGCCAAAGUGGGCCUACGAGAUAAAAAGUUUGGACAGAAGGCCCUGGAAUUGGAAGCACUUGAUGUGACAUUGAUUCUGGCCAGGAAAAACCUGUCCCACAGCCAGAACCUCCUUCACUGUCUCUGGGCUCUGCGUGUGUUCGCCUCUAGUGUCACCACGGGAGCCAUGCUGGGAAUUAAUGGAGCCAUGGAACUGCUUUUCAAGGUCAUCACCCCUUAUACCCAGAAGCGCACCCGAAUAAUCAGGGCAGCCGCCGAAGUCCUGGCAGCAUUGCUGGAAUCCAAGUCCAACAGCCGCAGGGCCGUGAACAGAGGCUACGUCGCCAGCUUGCUCAGGCUGCAUCUGGACUGGCACCACCGGGACACCGCCAAUGCCUACGUGCGGAUCCGCCGGGCGCUGCUGCUCUGCCUCAGGCACAUUGCCAACCUCCGGUCUGGCAGGGAGGCCUUCCUGGCAGCCCGGGGCAUGGAGAUCCUCUUCAGCUCCACCCAGAACCGCCUGGACGACAAACGCUUGGAGCCCGUCAUCUCCGUCGUGAUUCAGACCCUGAGGCAGUGUUACCCAAGGAGCCCGCUUCCCUUGGUCACAUCCAGCAGCGUGUAUGCCUUCCCCGUCCCGGGGAGCAUCCCCCCUGAGCCUCCGUGUGCUCUAACUGAAGAGGAUUUUGAAGAUGAUGCUGAUGAAGAAGUGGAUAAAGAUUCAGACUCCGAAGAUACGAAAGAGCAAGAUGAUGACUUGGAAACAGAUGUGAACAAGCUGAGUUCCAGACCUGGUCUUGACCGACCCGAAGAGGAGCUGAGGCAGUAUGAGGCCAUGUGUCUGGAGCUCUCGUGCAGCUUCGAGGAACUUGAGUCUAAACCUGGAGAUAAUUUGAACUUUGAAGAGACUCAGGAUGCUGAGCACUACCACAUUCCGCCUCUGACCUCCCCAAAGCAGCGUUAUUUGACUAAGGACCAAAGCUCCUGGGGACAAGAAAGAGAAGACAUGGUCCAGACAUCUCUUCUGAGCAUGGUGAAGAUGGGAAGGUCCACCAUGCAUCCAGCCUCCAAAAGAGGCCCUGGGAUGAAUGCAUACCAAAAUAUGCAGUCAAAUGGUCUUGGGAUAGAUUCUUCUGGAACAGAAGUCCCUGACAUUCAAGCUUCCCUCAAACAGGAUGCUUGGGACAUAGACAUGAUUUCCUGCCCAAUGAUGAGUGUCUCCCUCUCCAAUUCUGCUAGGCCUACAGAAACUGCUGAAGUAAUAGAUAAGCUUCUGCAGACACAUCCCAAGCAUAUUCCCUUCCAUGACCCCCAUCUUUAUAUGGCCAAAGCCAGAAGAACCAGAUCUGUGGCUGACUUCAAGAGGAUGGCAUUUCCUGACCUCUGGGGUCACUGUCCACCUCCCUCUGCUCAGUCCAUGCUGGAACGCAAAUGUGGAGUCCAGAGGAUCAAGAUAUUUGAGGAUGUCCGGAGGCUCAUCCAGCCAAGUGAUGUUAUAAAUAAAGUUGUCUUCAGCUUAGAUGAGCCUUGGCCUUUGCAAGACACCGCUUCCGACUGCUUGCGGUUCUCCUCCAAGUUCGAGUCAGGAAAUCUGCGCAAAGCCAUCCGAGUGCGCGAGUGGGAGUAUGACUUGCUGGUCAACACUGAUGUGAACAGCAGCCAGCACCAGCAGUGGUUCUACUUCCAGGUGAGCGGCAUGAGGGCGGCCGUCCCUUACCGCUUCAACGUCAUCAACUGUGAGAAGCCCAACAGCCAGUUUAAUUACGGGAUGCAGCCGACUGUGUAUUCUGUGAAGGAGGCUCUUCUGGGCAGACCCACCUGGAUACGGAUGGGCUAUGAAAUCUGUUAUUACAAGAAUCAUUAUCGCCAGCGCGCAGCUGUCACGGGAGGAGCAUCUGAGAAGUGUUUUUACACCCUCACCUUUGUGGUCACCUUCCCGCACAAUGAGGAUGCCUGCUACCUGGCCUACCAUUAUCCCUACACCUACACAGCCCUCCUGACUCACCUUGACACCCUGGAAAGAAGUGUGAACCCCAAGCAAGUCUACUUCCGCCAGGACAUUCUCUGCCAGACGCUGGGAGGGAAUUCAUGUCCACUGGUGACCAUCACGGCCAUGCCCGAGUCCAAUAGCGCUGACCACCUGGAGCAGUUCCGGCAGCGUCCGUACCAGGUGAUCACUGCCCGAGUGCACCCAGGAGAGAGCAACGCCAGCUGGGUGAUGAAGGGGGCCUUGGAGUUCCUGGUCAGCAGUGACCCUGUGGCUAGACUCCUAAGGGAAAACUUCAUUUUCAAGAUCAUUCCCAUGCUCAAUCCAGACGGUGUCAUCAAUGGCAACCACAGAUGCUCACUGAAAGGGGAGGAUUUGAACAGACAGUGGCUCUCUCCCAGCGCUCGUCUCCAGCCAACGAUCUACCACGCCAAAGGGCUCCUGUACUACCUGAGCAGUGUUGGCCGAAGUCCCAGGGUCUUCUGUGAUUUCCAUGGCCACUCUCAAAAGAAGAAUGUAUUCCUUUAUGGCUGUAGCAUCAAGGAGACCUUGUGGCAAGCAGAGUCCAGUGUGGGCACAUCGAAUCUCUUGGAAGACAUCGGCUACAGGACUCUUCCCAAAAUCCUUGAUAAGCUCGCCCCAGCAUUCACGAUGAGUAGCUGCAGCUUCCUCGUGGAGAAAUCCCGAGCCUCCACAGCCCGGGUGGUGGUGUGGAGAGAGAUGGGGGUGUCCAAAAGCUACACCAUGGAGAGCAGCUACUGUGGUUGCAACCAGGGACCCUAUCAGGGUCUCCAGUUUGGCACCAGUGAGCUGGAGGAGAUGGGAGCCAUGUACUGCUUGAGUUUACUCAUCUUGGAACUCAAGUCCGUAAGCUGCAGCCGUCAGCUCCUGACCCGGGCCGCAACUCUCCUGAAUGCGGUUGAAGAAGCCCUGGACCAACACAUCCAACGACGUAGCAGCAGCAGCAGCGUGACCUCAGAACUGGAUGAUGAGCCCCCCUGCAUGGAGGAAAUUGAUUACAGUACAGACAGCACCUCAGACCUAGAAGGGAGCUUCUCUGAGCUGGACCGGCAGAUCCAAGAGUGCGCUUUCAACAGGGACGAGGAAGGGGAAGAAGAAGAGGGGCCAGGCCAGGGAAGAAAAGCCAUCCCUUCGCCCUGAGGCUCAGAAUGAGCUCAAUGUCUCUAACCGUGGGACUAGCAGCUUUGUUGUUUCUUCACCAUCAGACUUGUACAGCGUCGGUGGCAAAAGCCAGCCCGUGUGAGCCCAGCAACCGAAUGCCAGAUUUUGUUUUCGUUUCACUAGGCAUAGAGACUGGCUACAUUACAAUUCUACCUUUUACAUACAUAGUUAGAUGGCCUUUGGAGCCCAUGCAAGCUGCCAUUAUUCUAGAAAGGGCUACUCUCAGGAUUAUCAUGGAUCUUCUCAUCACUAUUUUGAGCUCUUCUCCCUUUCUGUGCUGGAAACUGGAGCUGACUGCAAGUAGGAGCUGGGCUUCUUUUUGACUUCUCAGCCAGAUUUCUCUAUGGUUGUCUAAGCUGUUCUACAUAUGAGUGUUCUCUCUGAUAGUUGUAUUCCUACUAUGGCAUCUGAACUCCUCAGCACAAAUUAUGAGCCCCACUGAGAACUUCUGAGGGUCCUAGCAGGGUCUUCAGUUGCUGAAUUACUGAGCCUGAAUGGCCACACAACAGAGGGGAAUUUGCAAGCGUCAUGCUUAGUCUGUUUUAACAAUAUAUAUUUUUACAGAUCCAGUAUACCCAGAAACUGUCCUAGAUUCUAAGGGAAAAGGCACAGCACCGAAUAAGACAUGGCCAUUGGUCUUUACAAACUUUAAAAUCCUAUGAAUUCCGGUCACUAACCAUGAUGCUGGAAGGCAGCAAGUCAUGGUGGAAAAAUCAUUCAUUUCAGACGGAGACAGAUGGGGCUCAUAUCCUGGAUUUGACAGUCAGUUGUUAUGAGAACUAAGGCAACUAAUUAGAUUUUCCCAAACCUCAGUUUUCUUGUAUGUACAAUGGAGAUGAACAUUAUCUAUAUGAUAAAGUUAUUGUGAAGAUGAAAUGAGAUAAUAUAUAAAAGUAUACAGAUUGGCCCAUGGUAGGUACCCAAUAAUGUUGGCUGGUAGAACAGAAGUAGAACAUUCUGCAUAGGCAUUCUCACAGUUACAGAAGACAUCACCUGCAGUCACAUGGUUAGAAGGUACUCCCUCUUCCUGGAAAGAAUCUGGGAAGGAGGUUACAGAGGAGCGGAGUGUAGGAGGUUGAAAUGUCAUAAAGUAAGUGAAUGGAGUAAGGCCCUUUGGCACGCAGAGGCAAAUAGCUUAGAGACUGAGGUGAUCUUUAACUGGACAGGACCCAAGCAGAAAGGAUGAGAAGGCGGAUACUGAAAUGAGAGAUAAUGUGGAGAAAAUACGGUAGGUGGAAUUGAUGUUUGUCCGGAUGCCAUCUAUAUUUAGUUAUGAUUAGGUUUAGCUAUAAGAAAAGGAGAAUCCAAAAUUGCAGUACCUUUGUAAAACAAAAUCUGUUUAUCUUCUAUGUGGAUUCCAGAUAGAGGCAGGCCAGAGCUGGUAUCGUGAGUAGCUGGUGUCCAGCACCCAGUUUCUUUUUUUUUUUAAGAUUUUUAUUUAUUUAUUUGACAGACAGAGAUCACAAGCAGGCAGAGAGGCAGGCAGAGCGAGAGAGGAGGAAGCAGGCUCCCCGCCGAGCAGAGAGCCCAAUGCGGGGCUCCAUCCCAGGACCCUGGGAUCGUGACCCGAGCCAAAGGCAGAGGCUUUAACCCACUGAGCCACCCAGGCGCCCCCAGCACCCAGUUCCUGUGGCUUUUUAGCUUUGCUGCUUGUUGCUUCUGUCUAGCCAAAGACGGCUACCAGAGCAUCAGCCUUUGCAUCUACGUCCCAGUCAGCAAUAAGAAGGAUAGAGAAAGAAGAACUCAUUCUCCAUAUUUCAAAAAAGUUAUACAUUGCACUUCUCCACAAUUCUACCAUCUAACAAGUGGUCCUGUGGCCGCAGGUACCUGGAAGAGAGGUUGGAAAAUAGAAUCUGUGUUUGAGUUGGGCAUAGGGAAAAGAGGAUAAUGCACACUGGGGAUCAAAUAUUGCCCAAUACUUCUCUUGAUAAACCAAUCACCACCAUGAGAUUUUGGAAACAAUAAUUUCAGAAAAAACUCUCAGCAGCCCUCUAGACCAGCAGAAAGCCACACUGUAAGACUUUGCCAUAACUUACCCCUGAGGCAUAGGAGAAAGGCAGGUGUGUUAUGAUUUGAAGAGCUGAUAAUAUUAUUCUAUGAUUAUUAUUAUUACUUUUACUGCUACUACUACUAUGACUGAUAAUCCCUUCUUUUUCCAACUCCUUUCCAAAUUUCCUUGCUAUAGUUCAGAAACCACAUAUCCAUUCUUGGUGUUAAGACAUUCAAAUGUCUGAAACAUACAUAAGAGGUUUAAGGGAAAUAGCAAAGACACCACAUUCAAAUCCCAGAUAACAGGAGGGUUUAACUGCUCUUAUAAACCUUUCCACUCUUAAAUAGAGGAUAGCAAAAUGUUUCUGUUCUCCCCUUGCUUGGAGGAGUCAGGAAGACAGUUGUGUUGAAAACGUAAACGUUGGGAGGGAUGGAAAUAAUAGUGACUCAUCAUCGCCACUUUAUGCCUCAGCUGGCAUUCAUUUAUGGGGUGAGCUUCCAGUCACCUGACAUUGUUUCUGAGAGCAAGUGACCCAGACAUGAAAACUUCUAAGUAGCAGGUUUAGGAAAAGCUGGGGACAUGGAACAUGUGAUUGGUUCGUGUAACAAACAUACAUUAAAUACCUACUGUAUGUCAUGUAUUUCACUAAGCCCCAAGGAUGCAGGGGAAAGGAACUAUUCUGUUUGCAAGUGGGAAAGAUGAGCAGUAAACAUCUUAAUACAGUGGCUCAUGCCUUUGUAGAACUCUGGAGAAGAUCAUCUAAUGGGGCAGUGGUGGUGGGAAACGUCUACCGAGAGAUGAUAAUUGAGGUGAUGCUUGAAGGACUCGCAAGAGUUGUCAGGUAAAAAGGAGAAGGAACAUGCUAAGGAGUAGAAUGACUUUGUGCAAAAGCCCUGUGGUGGGGUUAGAGCUUGGAACAAAAUCAUGAUUGUGACUGGUUUAAAAGAUGUGUUUGUAUGUGGGGAUGGGAGGGGAGUGACAAGAGAUGAACGUGAGAACAUUGGCCUCAACCUGAUCAAGGAACAUUGGACAUGGAAAGGCCUGGAUGGGAAGGUUGCUCUUUGUUCUGAAUGUGCUGGUGGAGACAAAGAAUCUUCAGCAGAAGCAUGCCCAGGAAUGAUGUCUGCGGGCAUCAUCAGGACUGCUGUCCCACUUGCUUAUGACCGACUGACUGGAUACUCUGCUAUGGUGGUAGCUUGGUAGUAUGAGAGCCCUCAGUGUGACAUGACCCUCUUUGUAGAUAGCAGGUUUUCAGUAAGAGGAGAGAUCAUGAGGGCAGUUUGGGGUCAUGUUCAAUAUUGGGCGCUGAUGACAGGUCCAUCAGGAAAGGGCUCCUAGAAGUGCAUCAGCAGAAGAAGAGGCAUAAACAGUGAGAUGGGGACUGGUGGGAGUCUUUAGUAACUAAGCCCAGGUGCCAGUCAGCUGAGGAGGAGUUUGCUCGGAGGGAACAAAAGAGUUAGAGAGCUGACUUCUGUCCUUUCUCACUGGGACUGAAGACCACUGAUGGCUACACCUCACUGAUUUUCAGUCUGUGGGGAGAGAGGGCUCACUGGCAAGUCAACUCCAGAUAGUGAUAGGAGUGACUUUUCCAGCCCAGCCAGACAUGUGUCUUGCUGGCCAAACCACUAUAGUGUAUUGUUCUGAAAACCCUCUUCCACCAAACUCAGAGCCAAACAAGAUUACUCAAGGAUUCCAGGCAGUGAUGGGCUCUAAUGGGAAGCAGAUGUGGUUCAAAGUGUGCAGGGGGGAUGCAAGUCUGGAGCACUGAUGCUGGAGCCAGACCAUGGGCACAGGUGUGCCAGACCAGCUGGUCCACAGUGCCCUGCCUGGCAGGGCUAGGACAGGAGGGGGGUGAGCAGUGGGGCUGCAGUUUCCUGGGGGUAGCCUUUCUCAGAUGGGCAAAUGUGGGUAGCUAGCCUUUUACACCUCUAGAACAUCCCAUUUGGGGUAGAGAAGUAUAAGGCUUCUUGUGAUCCCCUAAGGAUCAUACUUUCAGGAUCCUCUUAGGGUGGAAUCUGCUGGCUGCUCUUGACACUUCCCCAUGGCAAAGGACUUUUUAGCUCCAUAGUUCCCACAGAAGAAAGAGCCCUGCACAACCCAGCCCCCAGUCUUCUCUGCUGACUCAGUUUCUGCUUAUCUGCAGUCUCUUCCAUUUGCCAUGGGACAUAGCUUUAUUUUAUCUCACUGCACAUAUGUGUGUGUGAACACGCAUAGACACACACACAGAUGCACGUACACACACACACACACACACACACACACACAAUCAUUUCUCGAGCCACAAAGCUCCCUAAAUACCUUCUUUGAUUUUUCACACAUUUUCACAUUUUUCCUCUGUCUCUGAUGAGCAUCUUCUGUAAUGCGAUUUGGGCAUUUCAAGACCCAGUUCAAAUAACACCUUCCUUCUAUUAGACCUUUCCUAAUCAGCCCAGCCAAGUUCUAGAAUCUCUCAUCUAGGUCUCUGCUGCACUAUUUCUAUGUCCCUCCUGAAGGGUGCUCUUUAUUUACAAUUUUAUUCAUGGGGUUUGCAUAGCCUCACCCCCACCGGCCAAUGUGUGGAGAACUCUUAAGACACCUGGGCCUGAUGCUAUCUUACCAUCUCUUCCUGCAGCCGGCAUUUGUCUUGAUACAUUGGCGGCAGUCAAAAUAUAUCUUUCCCCAACCUCAAACUUGAACGUCCAAUGUUUCAGUGAAAUCCCAUAUAUUUCCCUUCAAUCCUUCCUCUCCCAUCUCAAAUCAGAGUUUAUGUUACAGAAAAGGUAACUGAUUUCACUAACAGGGCAUCGAGCACAGGCACACUUCAGCCUCUCAAGCUGAUGGCUUCCGUAGAAGACUGGUUCCCGUGUGAGGCAAGCCUGAGAAGGAGCAGAGUGGCCUUGCCCUUGCCUGUAUUGUGCAAAUGUUUAGCUAGAGCAGAGAGAAUGGGGGAGCAGAAUCCCCAGGCGUUGCCAAUGACUGCAGGAUUCAGCCAGGUGCUCUGCACCGAGGACUGCCUUUGGUGGGAACGGGCAUGGGGCUCUGUGUGCUUCGUGCCAACUUGGCCGCCUGGGGCCUUCUUACAGUCCUGUCUGUGAGACUCCAAGCAUUCCAGCCAUUGGCUCCCAUUUCUGCCAGGCCUCCAGAAAAACAAAGGGUUCAGAGCCACAAAGCACAUUUGAAAAUAACCAGAUUCUUGAGUUAUGGGCUCACAUUGAGGGAUGCCAGCGCUCGUCGGGUCACAUGACACCCCUAAGAGGAGAAGUUCUGAUUGCCGGCUUUUAUUUCUCAGCCUGGACAGCUGAGCUGCUGAAAUAAUUUCAUAUUCCAAGGGGAGCCUCUGCUCUCUGCCAAGGGAAGGAGCUUCCAUGGAACGCCUAACAUAAGUCAUCCUUGUUAGGGACUCAGGACAGUGGCCUGUGUGGUGGGUGUGAACAUUUGCAUUUGCAUUAGAGUGAUCAAUUCCUUUUGCCCUGCUCCAAUCCGCUCCAGCCCCCUAAAGGCUCCAGGCUUGGAAAGGCACAGAGACAGUAGCCUGGGUCCUCACCACGAGAGCUUUUUUUGGGCAAAAAAUAAUUCAUUAGGUCUGGGGCCUGCUGCUGUCUUCCCAACAGAUGUCCUCUUUUGUUCCUGUUGUGGUUUGGCUUCCUGAGUGCCCAACUGGUUCUUGAUUAAAAAAGAAAAGUGUUGCUUAGAAAAAAGAAAGUAGUAAAAAGACAUUUUUGGAUAAAAACAGAUUGUAUUACAGCCUCUCCGUGCCUAGUAAUGAAAAGAAUACAAUUGUGUGUAACUUAACAUCAUCUACUGCACACAUUCCAACCCAAUGGAGAUGGGAUUGAGUUCGAGUUCCCUUACACACACACACACGCACGCACACACUCAAAAUAUAAGUGCAGGGCUUUAAGCAAGAAAACAGCGAGUGAGGGGAAGUUUAUGAUCAGACACAUGAUCAUAAAAGUGGGGAGCAGCAAACAGUGCUUUUACCCCACACUGCCAGACACAAUUGAGAUGGAAGACUUUUCACGAAGAAGGUAAAGCCUUCACAUCAGCAUAAAGUAGUCUUCUAGCAUGUGUUUAUUUUGAGCCUGCUUAGGUCAUGAGGAAAAAAUGGAUCCAGUCCUCUCUGGAAGAGAAGGCAUCCUUGUGGGAGAAUUACCAGAUAAACCACAUUUGGGUCUUAUGACAAGACAGCAAUAGAGCAACGGAUGACUGUCUGGAACAAACUGGUUAUUCUGGUUAGGAGCUUCUGAUCUUUUCUAGGGCUGAUGACUUCUUAGCAGUGGACAAAUGUUAUCACUACUACCCCCUCACCCCCGACAAAAUACUACUACUAAUAAUUAAGUGCCAUUGUUGGAGCAGUUCAGUUGGGGUGUCUGAGUGUGGCUUUGUGCUUUGAGGGUCAGGAUGAGAAGUGGCAUUGAGGUUGGUUCCAUGUGCUAGCUGGGGGACAGAGAGGGAGCAAGACAUGGACAGCCCUGUCAGCCAGAAUAUGGAGCUUAAUGAAUGGAUGUUCUCAGACAGAAUCCUAUCAACUGGUCCCCACCUACACUUCCAUCUGAAGAAUCAGUGAUUUUAGAAGGUAUUGGGGAGGAAAAAAACCUGUCUGUGAUUCCCUCUCUGCUCCUACUCAUUUAAGCUCUCACUACCACUCCGUGUGAUAGACGGGCAUCAUUACUGCCAUUUUCAAAGUGAGGACCAGCUGCACUUUCAGUAGGUGUCGGGGCUGGAGUCUGCUCCCGGGAAAGUUCUGAUCCCCGCCCCCCAACAUCAUGGUAACAUUCACCUGUGCCGAACAUGAAGGCACAUGUCCAAGACCAUGUGCUGUCAUGUCAUGAUUCACAACUGAACCCAGAGGUAAGGCCUCUGGUUAUCCCUACUGUGGCAGGUGGGAUGCUCCGGCAUAAGAAGGGAAGUACUCGCCUACGAUUAUGCAGCCACUAAGUAGUAGGCUCAUGGUCUCAAGCAGUCUGACACCUCAGUCUGUCCUCCAAGGACAAGCGGUCACUUCAGAGACCCCUGAGGGCAUUUUAGAAGCCACAGAGUAAUUCCCUGUCUCCAUGGAGGGCAGAAUUGUUGUUUUCCAUCCGUGAUUCAGACACCAUAACUCUUCUGGACAUCCCUGCAGAGCACCCAACUCCACCUCAAACUCACAGGUUCAAAGUCACAUCCUCGGAAUUUCCUCCCACCAAGCCUACCUCCAAGUUCCUUACUUGAUCACCUUGACAGAAAUCUAUGUUGUCUUGUUUUUUGUGUACCCGAUGCACAGCCCAAAGUCUGAGCAAGUCAGGCAUGAAGCACUCAGUAAACCCAAGGACCCACCAGUCUUGCCAAGUCUUGCUCUUCUUACCUUCAGUUUAAAUGCCUCUGUCCCUUACUCACUCUUCUUGGUUCAUUUCUUGCCUGGGUUUCAGUGAUGGUUUCCCCAUGGCGCUCCUCACCUGUGAUUUUGCCUCCUUUCUAGUCCAUUCUUCCUUGUGCAGCCAGAUGAUGUUUGGAAUGAGUUUCUGUUUUCUGUUUCUGCUGCUUACCACCUUUCAGUGGCCUCCCCUGGUCCCAAGGAUAAAAUGCAAAUAGCCCCUGGCCCUUGAGGCCUUGGGGAUCCAGCCACUGGCUAACUUUUUGGUAUCCUGCCUUAACACAAGCCUCUACUGAAGCCAUAAAAAAUCACUUUCAGUUUCCAGAAAGCACUUUCCUCUUUUGCUGACUGUUUCCACCUCUGCAUCUAAUUCUGUUCACAAUAGCCUAAAUGUAUCCUCCUCCCUUACCUAACUCCAAGCUCUCCUUUGGGCCUGUAGAAACCCCAUCAUAGCUUCUGUUGGACACUGUGGCCUCUGGGUUUUCUACCCACCCAACCCCGCCCCCGAGACUUUGCAUUUUUGUUGAAGAGAGACGUGGUUCACUGCUAUAUCCUGAGGGCCCAGCAUCGUGCCCAAGACUUGGAGGGCCUUCAUUAAAUAUGUGUUGAGUGACUGAGAUCUUAAUUUCCAUUCUGAAGGUCUCCUGAGAAUGACCUCGUCCUCGUUGCCUCAGUAACCUAGUAAACAUGAAAAGCAGAGCUGCAGAAAAGUAGGACACGCCUGUGUCCAGCACACUCAGAGCAGCCAGGAAGCCUCCAGGAAAAAAUCUCCCUCAGCCCGUGCUCUGUGAUGCCUUCCGCUGUUAUUUUCCCGAAGCAGCUUCCUUUUUUCCUCCAAAUGGCCUGUAGAGGUCAGAAAAGGGCCUUGGUUUCAGAUCGCAGGCUGCCCUCCGCUCCAUUAGCAUUCACCCCGGGUGUCUACAAUUAAGCAAACCUAGGCGCUGCACAUAGGAACGGAAAUGCAUUGACUUUAAUAAAACAGAGUGUAAAACAACUUUA